AUGGACUGCGUCCAACAUAUUGACUCAGAAAAAGUCAAUGAAGGAGACAAAAAGGACGUAGAGCUACAAAAUCAAAGGGACGAAUCCAUAGAGGGACAAAGACUCUUAAUCCUCACCGAUGAGCAGCCGUGGAAACCAUGGAAAUGGUCCCGCUCCUGGGUAAAAGACUUUCUGGUGAGGGUCAGAUGUGUCAUGGGUUCCCUGAUGGGUAUGGAGUGGUACUGUUUUGCUGCUCUCGGGGUUCUGACUGCUUUCCUUAGUUUUCUCAUGGACCUGAGUGUGGCAAAGCUGCUUCGAGCUCACCAGUGGUUGUAUAAUCAGUUGGAGGGCCACUGUCUCCUGCAGUUCCUGUGCUGGACCCUGUACCCAGUCUCACUCUCUGCUCUAUCCACAUCUUUCUCUCAAAGCAUCUGUCCAUUCUCAGCAGGUUCUGGGGUUCCAGAGGUGAGGACCAUACUGUCUGGUGUGGACAUGCCACAUUACUUGUCCCUCACCAACCUAUUUGCCAAAUACGUGGGUCUCAUUUGCACACUGGCAGCCGGUAGCACUGUCUUCCUGGGAAAAGUGGGUCCAUUUGUGCAUCUCUCCACCAUGGUGGGAGCCUAUCUGAACCAACUCUGCACUGUUCUCCGUGGUGAGAAGGAGGAGAGAACUGAAGGAGCGAUGCUGGUCGUGGCUGCUGCUGUUGGAGUAGCCAGCUGCUUCGGGGCCCCUAUCAGUGGUGUGUUGUUUAGUGUGGAGGUGAUGAGCUCUCACUUCGCCCUAAAAGAUUACUGCCCAUGCUUCUUUGCGGCGGCCUGCGGAGCGCUCACCUUCCAUCUGCUCUCCAUGUGGAGCGGCGAGCAAGAGACUCUUCAGGCCUUGUUUCAAACCAGCUUCUCAGAUGACCUGCCGUUCUACCCAUUGGAGAUUCCGGUCUUUGCAAUAUUGGGGCUUCUGUGCGGAGCAGGUAGCUGUGUCUACCUAUUCUGUCACCGUUGGAUACUGCUGUUCAUAAAGACAAACAAAAUCCUAAUCAAAGUCUUGUCGACUGAGAAGGCCCUAUACUCCGCUAUGGUGGUAUUCCUUCUGGCCUCUGUGACUUUCCCUCUUUCUGCCGGUCAAUAUAUGGCUUCCAAGCUCACCAUUAAGCAGCUCCUCUCUUCCCUCCUGGACAGCAGGCAGUGGACCUCUCAAUCCCACAAUGCCUCUGUGGUUUUGCAGCCAAACUUGUGUCCCUGGUCAGAGUGGAUUCCUUCAGGGAAUCCAUACCUCACUCUGGGAUUCUUCCUAUUCAUGAAGCUGUGGAUGCUGGUGUUGGCUUGCACCUUACCCCUGCCAGCCGGAUACUUUAUGCCUGUCUUUAUCUAUGGUGCUGCUAUAGGACGUUUAUUCGGGGAAGGAUUGGCAUUUGUGUCCCAAAAUGGUGUCUAUUUAGACCAGGACAGGAAUCCAAUCAACCCUGGAGGCUAUGCACUGGCUGGUGCAGCAGCAUUCUCAGGGGCGGUCACACACACGCUGUCCCCUGCUCUCCUGGCUCUGGAGCUGACCGGCCAGUCCACUCACGCCGCACCCAUUCUCCUCGCCACACUGGUGGCCAAUGCCCUGGCACGCUCUGGGCAGCGGCCAUCCUUCUACGAUGCCCUCUCCAUCAGCAAGAAGCUCCCGCACUUACCCUCCCUGCUCAAGGUCUGCCCAAGGCUCUCCUCUGUCCCAAUAGGGAAGGUCCUGGGUCCUGGAGGUCCAGUGCUGGAGAGGGCAGCUGGGCCAAUGGAGGUUCAGCAGGUUCUCAACACCUGCAGCCAGACACAGAUCCCUGUGGUUGACACACUGGACUCACGGAUUCUGCUGGGAUCAAUUAACAGAUCGGACCUGCAGACAUUUCUAUGCCACAACCACAAUAAGGUAUUGAAGAAACAGUUGGUGGAUAUGUGCUCUAUUCAGCCUGUUUCUGUCCAGCUAUCUCCUGAUACCACUGUCCAGGAGGCUCAUGGCGUCCUCAGCGUGCUGUGUGGCGAGAGCUUGUUUGUGACUGAAAGGGGGAGGCUAUCUGGUGUUGUCACAUGGCCAGAGAUGAAGAGAAUGAUGGCAGAUUUGGCUGAUGACCUCUAA